UCGGCGAGUGCCUUGGGAUGUAUCGUCGACCGCCGGGCGACUGAAGCGGCAUGGCCCAUGGCCUCGUCCCCAUCACACCAGCCCCACUCCACAAGACGACGCCAGACACGGGGCUGCUCGCCAGAUGACGUCAUCGGAGCCAGGGAGCGCGGUUCACGGAGACGCCGCGCGGAGUCUCCACCGGUCGCGUUCAUGACAUCACCGGCUGCGCAUGCGCACCAGGGACAGUCACUCCGCUACCUGACCCAGUUGUCCGGACACCGCUGGCAUAGCUGCGAGCUGCCGGCCACGUGGCAAGUGCACCACACUGAAUCUCCUCGAGCUCGGAGAGAUUCGGACGUCGACGCUUCGGAAACGUUCCCAGUUGCCGCACAAGAAGAAGAACCUCAACCUUACGCUCUCAUUCUACGGAAUACAAGUCCUCAUGGGGUGGAGCCGGCAUUCAUACGGCGUCGCGGAAGCUCCAGCAGCUGCGGAAGUCCUACCUCUCGUCCUACUCUAGUGCUAGCAUUCAGGAGCGACAAUAUACCGCAGCUGAAGAUCAGAACAACACGCAAGACCCAUUCCUCAAAGACUCAUGGACGUCGAGCAGGCCAAUCAGAAUCUGGCACCACUUCAACCGAGGCCACGCCCACUCACAAGGGAGCACGCGUAAAAGGCGAAGGACACCAUCAAGCGCGGCCUGGACCAGACUCUACUUCCGCAACGGCCCGGGACGGGCCAAUGCACCUUCGUCGUCGCUUAUUCCGGAACCACAGCUCGCAGACGGAAGAAGACGCCUUUACGGAGACCGAUUCAGCGCAGGGUGACUGGUGUAAUGUCCGGUCCAGCAGCGUAGACCACCAUCAACGGAGCCACGUCAAGGAAUCUCCACCCACGGCAAGACGCCAAUGGACCUUCCAGUACCCGUGCCCUUGCCGCCGAAGCCAAGAAGCCCAGCAGUACCGCCAGUAUCAACAUGAAUAUCUUCAGCAGCAACGGUGGUCAGAACAAACUUCAGACGUGGACUCUAGCUUCGUGAGCCUGGGCGCGCAGUCAGGGGAGGCUUCGUCAGUGGGUGUCCAGGGAAAAGCCACAGAGGGCCACCGUAGAAGGUCUACCGGUCACUCCCCAAGACACGGACGGAGUCCGAGGCAUCGAGAGGGUCCCCGACCUUCGCCCACCAGUCCUAGAGAUGCUCAGCAACAUCUCCAGGACGCUGCAGAAAGUCACGGAAGUACAAGUACCUGCGCAGGUCGAGACACGGGUUACAGCGAAACGUCCUCCUCUUCCGCCGAAGACAGUUCCUCGGCCUGGCAGAAGAGGUCUUCUUCUUCGGGAGCCCUCGCGUCGGCGUCCGAGAACGAAGACGACGACGCCGAUCAGUCCAGUGGGAGCAGCACUGAUGGCCAGGAAACGUCGCAUCUUCUGUCGGAGGGCGAGUGUCUGGCAUCGGAGCCCAGACAGGGGUUCGUCUGGCCACCGACAAUAGUGCGGCUACGGGCUCAGCCGCACGUCACAUUGAAGCAAGGCAGAACGUCCUCUUUGCACGAAGCUGGCCACGGAGGGGGAGCCACUUGCGCCCCCGACGAAGAAACGUCAGAAAGGCAAGACACCUCAUCUAUCACCGAGGAGGAGGAAGACACGAGCGAAUUAUGGUCGACGGAGGUCAGCGAAGAGGUCAGCAGAGAAGUCAGCCGCGGAGGUGGCGAAGAGGAGGACGAUGCUUCGACGGCCACUAACCACCCCGACGCGAGCGGUGGGCGACCGGCGAAGGCAACUCAGUUUCUGAGGCCCACCAUUGAGAUUGAUCGGAGCGACAUCUUGCACACGGCCAAGCCCGAAAUCGACGAAGGCGACUUCGGCGUUGGUUUGACGUAUCAGAAGAUGAGCGAGGCCGAGUUCGUGGCACGCCUCAGUAUUCACGAGGCGGCCAGGACAGGAGAUCUUCACGUCAUCAAGCUCCUACUCAAGAGCGAUCACAAGCGAAUGGAGACAGUGGACGAGAGAGGCUGGACGCCAAUUCUCUUAGCUGCCGCGAACGGACACGCCGAAGUUGUUAAGUACUUGGCCGUAGAAGGCGCUGAUGUCGCUGCGUUGGAUCCGACGAGUUACACCGCUAUGCACCUGGCAGCUAUGAAUGGACAUAACGCUUGUCUCGAGGUGCUUCUAAAGGUGGGAGCGGACGUCGAUAGCGUUACCGCAGACGGCUUUACUCCACUUCACCUUGCCGCUCUAAACAACUAUGCCGACUGUGUACAAACGCUCCUGUCGUGGGGUGCCAACCUGGGCCUGGAAGACGCACUGGGGCGCACAGUGCAAGAUAUGGUUGAGGAAUAUAGUUUAGAUGACGUCUCAGCGCUUCUUUCCUCUCUGUGGUCCCAUAUCGACAAAUACAAGGGCUCUGGAAAGCUCAAUGGACAACUGGGUAGCAGCCGCAAAAAGUCGACUCGGAAACUGAUCCAGAUGGCAGCAGCCUCACUCGGCAAGGAAUGACGACACUUGAAAGGGGGACGCCUCACGAAGCGUCGUCUGCUGUGCCUUUUUUCCCUCAUGUUCCAUCGCCAGCACAAAUAUGUACAAUGCACUUUGCCGUGCCCAUACUUGUUACUUUUCCUUCAAGUGCACCUACUUCCAGUAAGCGGUGAUAUAUGUAUCGCACUUCUGUUCCGUUUAAGUUUAAUCAGCAUAUCUUAUCAGGUUGUGCCCUGUGCUAGAAGAUAGCACGGCUCAUGUUACAUGGUGAAAUGUGAUACAAGUUGAGGACAAAAAAGCAAACGGAAGACUUGGCGACAUAAAAUAUAGCUUCGCUGUGGAAUAAUGAACCAGGGACAUUUGCGAAGUCACAAAAUAAUGUACACCGUGCCUACUGUUCCUCGUAAAAGUGUGAAAAAAAAAAACAGAUACUGAAACAGAGAAACUGUUUUCCCAUUGUAGCACAUGAACACUGCUUUGUAGUCUCAUGUGUACUGUGCCUGCAUUUCAAUACUGUCAAUUAUAUACAUGUUAAAUCUGUGGCAAAGCAACAGCAGGAAUGAAAUUCAUAAAGCACACAUGAACAAAAGACAAGUACAUACAGGCAUUUCAAAGUGAAAGAGCUAUAGGAAAGUGCACAGAUGGAAUAGCACCAAGUACUAUUCGCAUCAUACAUACUGUGUACAUACUUUCCACCCUUAAUUCUAAAGCACCUCGCUUCUUUUUAAAUGCACCCCACGACCAUCGACCUUAGCCGCUACUGAUGACCACCACAUCAGUGACCAUACCUGUAGAUGGAACCGACUUCCAAGUUGCAUAUCCGACUUGGCAGGCAGAUGAAGGUGUUCCCAUUGUAAGAAUGCUCCCAGUUACAUACCUGAACCGUUAACAUGCGAGGGCACGAUAGAACUUUUAUACCAUCAUACCUGCUUUGGAACAAGUAAUAUUUUUUCACAAAGCUGUUCUCUCCAAUGCAGUAACUUACUUAAGUCAGUAUCGUCAUUAGGAUGCUAUCUCUCCGUAAGAUACUGGCACUGGUGCUUUUGACAGACACUCUCACAUCCGACGUCUGUGCUAUGCCGGCAAUACGUUUGUAAUAGUACCUACGGGAAGUCCAAACCGGAGCCCAAUCAGGACGUCCCUUGGAGUGCUUGGUUGAGUUCACAAAGUAAGGCUCGUCCUUUGAGAUAUUCCCCUUUUGCAGCUGUUGAUACAGCCUCCUCCUUAAAGGGACGGUCAGGGUUUACGUAAAAGCUAGAAACAAAAGCUAGCGCACGCUUUCUUACUAUAUUAUUAGUCGCGGCACAAAAUAUCGCACUUAAAUUUGCGGGUAAUUAGAUAUAGCUGCACGAUGUCACUGUCAGUAGCUUUCGGUUUAUGCUUUUCCGAACUACCAAGCCGACUCGAGACAAAACUUGCUGAUUUUGUUUGAUCAAAUGUUAAAACCAGGACGCAGGAACUCAUGCUUACAUGAUCGUCAAACCAAAACCGGGUGUGAAGAUUCCAUUUUUCUUGUUUUUCUCAAAAAUUACGAUGCUCUACGUGGUAUUUUUUGGUGUGGCAUGGAUGAAAUUUUGCGCAUGAAAUCUAAACGUAACUUAGUCGUUUAUAACUAUAAUCUCAAAAUAAGUCGACGAUUCCGGACUGUCCCUUUAAUUUCCUGCACACGGAGGUGACUUAUAGCAGUGGGCUAUAACAUGUGAGGGGCAGUUCUGUCCAACUAGUGUUGGAAAAGCCUUACAGAGUACGGUGCAUGUGUAUAUUCAAAUGGGACCAGCAUUUGAAAACGCAAGGACAGAAUGAACUGAGUUUACGUGCUACCAUGUUUUGGUUUGCCCGUUAUUGUGGUGUGGACAAGAGUUUGAAGGGCAGUAUGCUACCAAACCAUACGGAACAAUUACUGUGUGUCCUAUUUCUACUUUGUUUUCUUCGGCUUGACCAGAAAGAGUUAACCUUUGUCAACUUUUGCAAGUCUUGAACUUCUCAUACUCUCAUCAUCUCGUACUUGUGUACAACCCAUAUAUUGUUACAAAGUUAAAACAAAACAAAUGUUAAUUUUCUUGGUCAAUGUAUAAAAAUUUAGUGUCCCUUGUUCAGAGAGCACUGCCUACAAAUUGCACAGUAGCAAAGGUGAAAAAAAAACAAAAAAAACAAAAACAAAUCAGGCAUCAAAUUUACAUGUAUGCUCUCCAUCUUUAACUAUGCACACUGGUAAUUUGCUCUGUUGAGUGAAUGCUACACAUAAAAAUUCUAACUGAAAUGAAGUGAAAUGGUAAAAAAUGAAAGUUCUCUCACUUUCUUACCCAAUCUUAUGAGGUCCUGUUAAUUCCGAUUUUGUGACUCUGGUCUCUGUGCAAUAUCCAGGACACAUUUAUCAAUAUAUAACCGAAGCGACUUCCAUUCACAGCUCCUGGUCAGUCUCAGUUUUGGUGUGUACCAAUAAGGCCAUCGGAUAUUUGUCCAACAAGGGUGGUGCCAGUGUUUCUAUGCAAGUGAUGUGAACCAGAAGGCACUGUGUGACGACAGACAAAGAAAGGAAAUCUAGAACAACCUAGACCACGUUGAUCAACUUGUCAGUUUGAUAUCAUUGCAAAGACAGUGGAAUCCUGUUGAUAUGGUUUACAGUAUUCUAUGAUACUGUGGCGUAACACUUCAAGCCUCCACACAACGGCACAAAAAUUUUAAAACAGCUUCGCACACGCAGUAGUGAAAGUUUCUUGGCCAACAUGCCCAGUAAUAUUUGCAUUUAAAAAAAAAAUUACUUUCUUCGGUAACUCCGCAACAAUACGGCAUCAAAAUUAAUCAGAUUUUAUCGCACCACUUGUGCUAGUCAGCAGCCACAUGUUCGACGAGAAUGAGCCCAGAGUACGAAAAUUCACGGUACUAAACGGAAUGCGGGAUCAUGUGCACAUGCUUGUUUGAGGGCUUCGCCGCCAUACCUACGGAACUGCCAUCUAACUCUGACUGCGCAAAGCAAAUACUAAAUUACAUGCUAGUUAGCGAACACUCCACAUUACCAGUUACCAUUACCACUCCAGGGUACUCUUCCAUUUCCCCGGUAAGGUGGUACUUCAUUCACGUUAGCGUGAAAAAGCAACCCGCUUGUUAGGUACAUUCUCCGGCGAUUAUCAUAUAGUAUACAUUCACGAGCUCCAAAUUCGUGGAUCAAGAAAAAUCCAGUAUUUAUUCAUUUCUUGCUUUCCCCAAAAACAUUGCACCACUUUUUCUUCCCCUGCCUUAACAUUUCAUUGCACUCACAUGUGCACACAUAAAUGUGUUAACCUUUUUUGGACCACAAGAUAGUAGCGCAUAUAUGUACAUAGCCUGGUGUGACUCUUAUGCAUCUUUCACAUAAAACACAUUCUAUAUACAACAUACUCUGUAAAUACAAUACAUUGCGUGCCUUGUGUCAUCUUUCUGAGUGAUUUACAAGUACCUUAACCUGACAUAUCAUCGUGUACGACGCGGUACAUGCAAUAUUACGACAAAUGCCUUUCUUUGCACCCAGAUAUAUAUAUAUAAAUAUAUAAUGCCUGUUAUACCCCCCAAAAUAAUAUAUAUAUAUAUAUCUACUUAUGCCUUUAUCCCUGCCUUCAAUGAAACCAUGCACUUCACGAUGAUACUGUUGAACAUGUGGAACCUCCGCUUUUAAAUAAUCUGUAUAUAAAUAUUUCUAAGGGCCACUCAAUUAUGAGCCAAAUGAGACAAUAAAGUUGAUAA